CAGGUUCGAAAAAGUGCGACGAAAAUCGGGAAGGAAUUAAAUAAACCGGGAACGCUGCAAGUUGACAAUACAAAUAAAAGUAAUAAAGUAAUAGCUAAACCCCCAAAAUUAAAUACUUGCCGAAAAAAGAAAACUAAAAUAAUUAUACGCUGUAAUCUCUGCAAAAAGUAUUUCUAUGAACAGCACAAAUACGACGCUCACCAACAACGUGAACAUGAGUGCAUAAAACGACCUUACAAAUGCACACAAUGUGAAAGGUCCUAUAGUUUGCGAAAAACUUUGAAAGCUCAUAUUCUGGACAAUCACAUUGCGGAACGCCAACAGAAAUCUUAUAUCUACGAUAAAUGUUUCAAAUCAUUUAAAACAUCCGCUAUAUUAAAGCAGCAUUGUUUUUUGCAGCAUCUCACUAGUAAAGAAGAAUUGCGUAUAAUAUGCGAGCAAUGUGGUCUGAUAGCAGCUAAUCAGUAUUCUUUGGCUCAGCAUAUUAAAAACAAACACAGUGACGACCGUGAGCAAUAUAAAUGCGAUAAAUGCCCACAAAUUUUCGAAUCACCCUACACGCUUAAAAUUCAUGUUUUUCGUCAUCACGCUCCUGAAGCAAAUUAUGAGUGUCCUGAAUGUGACGUAACAUACGCCCGCCGAUUUAUGCUAGAUUGUCAUAUGCGAUCACAUUCCAAAUAUUCGGAGCGUUGAGCACGCGGGUUGUGAAGUACGCUUUGUAUCCAAAGGUGAUAUGCGUUAUCAUACGAGUUUGGUACAUUUUAAGGUGAAAAAA